CUGGGAGGAGAGAGAGAGACCGAGAAAGAGUGUCAGUCUUUGCUAAGGACCAGUGAAGAAUAGCAAAGAAAUACUUCAAUCUGGUAAACAUUGUUGGGAAAAACAAGAAGCAGGACUUGUGGUGUUUUUGUUGGCUCCACCUGACAGUUUAAUGGUCGCUGAGGAUGUUUCCGAGCCCCAGCACGUCCACUCCCUUCUCCGUCAAGGAUAUAUUAAACCUGGACCCCGGCCACGAGCUCAUGUCUUCUUUGGAGCUUUCCUCUCGCAUGGAUUGUUGCGGGCCCCCCUGCGCUGGCGGCUCCCCCUCCUGCUGCUGCGUGCUGGGCCGCCUCAAGCACGAGCCCCUGCGGGAGGUGCCCGCGGGGGUGCCGCUGUUUGACGAGGACCUCCACCCCCAGGAGCCCAAAUUCGCCUCGGCUAUUUACGGGAAAACUCUGUCGCAGAUGGAGGCCACCAAGGACGGCGCGUCAGGCCUCUUACAGGAGAUACAAGUCAAAGAGUUCAGCGCCCCGGCCGAGCCCGCAGACGAUACGUCGAAACCCGACGACCCAAACCGACCAAAGGCCCGCAGACGCCGCAAGCCGCGGAUCCUCUUCUCCCAGGCGCAAGUGUACGAGCUGGAGCGCCGCUUCAAGCAGCAGAGGUACCUCUCGGCCCCGGAGAGAGACCACCUGGCAGGCGUGCUCAAGCUCACCCCAACGCAGGUGAAGAUCUGGUUCCAGAACCGCAGGUACAAGUGCAAGCGGCAGAGGCAGGACCAGAGCCUGGAGAUGGUGUCUCUGCCGCCGCCGCCGCCGCCGCCCAGGAGGGUGUCGGUACCCGUGUUGGUGCGGGACGGCAAGCCCUGCGUGGCGGCCGAGGCGAGCCCCUGUAACCCCCCCUACUGCGUGGCCCACGUCAACCACUUCGCGUACAACAACUACCCGCAAUUCAGCGGCUACGCUAACGCCGGCUGCGGCGCAAACUACGCGUGCAGUUACCCGGCAGCGGGUGUGCAAACGGGAUCGUCCUCUCAUGGGAAUUUUGUGAACUUGGGUGUGGGGGAGCUCAACAGCGCGCAGCCGACCUUUCCGUCCUCCAACGGCGGGACCUCCCUGCACGGCAUCAGGACUUGGUAACGGGCCGCUUUUACUGACUGCAUGCGUUACAUUACUAUCCAGCGUUGGGUUGGAACGUUUUUCUUGAUUUGUAUCAAUAUUUAACCUUGGCUCUUUUUUUUUGUUUUUGUGGCAUGAGAACAAACUCAAAAUAAAAUAAAAGAUCACAUAAAAUGUGAUAUUUUUACAAAUGUCUGUAUGCACUGAGAGAGAAUAAACGGACUUAGUUUCAUUAUGUAAACAUGUUGCACUUGAAUAACUGACUUGAAAAGAAUAAGUUACCUCAUUUUACCACAAUUUAAUCAUACAUGUGCAACAUGGUCGAAUUAAAUGCAUUCAAACAACUGUUUUUUCAGUGUGGAAGUGACGAACAUUAAAAGUAAUAAUAAUUACAAUAAAAUAAUUUAAGAGACCAGCCACAAUCAUCUGACCACCUGCACAGAUUUAAUGCCAUUGAAUUACUCAUUAAGAACAGUAUAAACCCGUCAUAUAUGUUCCAUUGGUGUUGCCCACAAGUCUAUAUAAAUUUAACGUUUAUUAUCGUGCGUAUCCUAUAGAUAACGUGCAAUUAUUUUCAAUAAAGAAACCGAAAUAUUAUGACAACAGUAGUUGUAAAGCUGUUCUUUGAGUGAUCACUGCAAUUUAGCUGUCACUGAUGAUUGGUGUUGAAUUAAAUGCGUUUUUCCCCCCUGAUCCACGGAUUAUGUAAAAAAAAAAAAAAAAUCAUGCACAAAAGACCCGUCAAUUGCAGCUCAAUAAUGUUAAAUAAAAAAAAAAAAAGAGCAUCCAGCAGACAAAAGAGAAGAAGGUGCCCCCGCUCAGUCCGCUUACAUAUGGCUUGCGUCUAGUUAAAAUGUUCAAGUGGCUAUUAUGAGGCUUCAUUCAAUGUUCUCAAAUAAGGUUAAAAGGUUGUUAGUGGUUUACAUGUUUUACAACGUGCUGUCAUCCACAUGUACACUGGCUCAACAUGUUGAAUGGCUGCAGCCGGCGCUGAGAUGGCUGCACACUGCAUGACCUUGCCUCAUGCGUACAUAUAGGGCAAAGACUUUUACUCUUAUACAAAUUACCCGCUCUCCCCCCCCCCCAAAAAAAAGUGCGUUUCAAGCUAAUUUUGUACAGGGUUACUUAAGAUGAUUUUACCCUACCCACGGUGGAAUGUUGUUUUAUUCAGCACAGUGGAAAAUGGAAGUGAUGGUGAAUUAUUACACAUCAAUUCGUAUAAUACACUGGAGUCACGGUGCAAAAAGUUCCUGCAAGUACUUUUGUAACAGUCAUGCAGUUCUAGAGGGGAAACAAAAGAUGAUUAAGCACAUACAUUGAUCCUAUUCUUGCAUGGCACUUCCCACACUAUCAUUUUAAACAUAACUCAGACAACCAGAAAUUGUGGCUCAGUGAACUCUUACAGGAAGAUGUGGGAAAUUAACUGCUGCAAUUUACCAUCAUCGAGGUUGACGCCCAGGAGCCUCUUUGCAUUGAACAACUUCCUGACACAUUUUGAAGCAUCCAUGCAAGAAUAUGAACAUAUUUGAAAUGACGGCAAGGUGAGACGAUUGCGGCGAGGUCACGCAGCUCCUCUGGACACGCUCUCCUACGAGGUGCUGAAAAGCCAACGUCAGAUAACAAAUCCCCACACACCAAAAAUAUCCCCCACCACCGCGACUCAAGCCACGUUGGAGAGGGGAAAAACGGGCGGGAUAGAGUUUGCUUUUCCGGGUCUUAUCUGAAGAAAGACAGGAACGGUCGCUGUUCUGUCUCGGCCAUUCAAGGGACGCUCACGGCUACGCGGCGACGUGGACUUUUUCGGCUUGCGAGAUUAACAGGUGCAUUCGUUGGGAGGCGCCAACCAACACGCUGAAAUAGAAAUGGGUUCAAAAAGUGACAUGUUCCUUUUCUUGUGUCUUUUUUGGGGGGCUAAUUAUCUGACCUGAGAAUAUUUUAAGAGACAAUUAUUAAAGAGUGGUCUGCAUGUUCUUUGGAUUUUUGUGUGUAACACUUAAUCCAAAAGGAUGAUAUUUAACAAGUGGCGAUCAAGGAAGUGAUAUGAGAUAAAAAAAAAAAUACCCGCAGAAACCCAUGUUGACAUUAUUAAAGGUUAGCUCCUUUUUCAUCCCAUGCCACAUUAACCUUGUGAACUAGAUUUUAAAAAGUGCUGACUUUUUUUCCAUUUAAACUCAAACGGCAGUCUUCUUUGAAUAGUUGGCAUUGCUUUUAAUAAAGGUUUUAUCAUUGCAACAAUAUUUCUAUAGCCUUAUUUCCUAUGGAAAUUCAUCUGCAGUUUUGUUUCACAUUACAUGAGUACAUAUAUAAUUUGUGCAUACUUGAUGGGAGGAUUUAGAGUUGGUAGGAAUGCAGACUUUUCCUGUAAAGCAUUUAAAAAAAAAAAAAAGAAAAA